AUAAAAUUGUUAGUGUCACCGAGUUCGACCUCCUUACGUGACUCACUAAACCUAGCGACGAAGAUAUGAUACACGUCUAUGUAGCGAUCGAAAAUUAGUCGUCUUUGAAGUAUUCCGUUCUCUGGCGUUUGAAAUUCCGGAUAUAUCUCUCGAGACUCAGCCUCGCGCUCAUCAAGCGAGCGAUAUCGAACUUGAACUUUCUUCGCCUAUUAUAUUAGAUAAGUAGAAUACAAUAUACAAUAUGGCACAAAACCGCACCGUAGUCAGUGAGUCGCCGCUCAAGGCGCCAAACCUCGUAAUCGAGUUUCCGCAGAUCUCACUCGCAGAAGACGAGGGUUUCACAACCGCACUAGCAGAUCUCGUCAACGCCGGGUAUACCGAAGCCGAGGCCGGCAUCUUCAAGCCGGGCUACUUGCGCACAUCGGCAAGCGAGAUCGGAAGCUUCAUAAAGGCCGGCGUAUUGGCCGUCGCAUCAGUACCUAGUCCGGAGACGACAUCUCACAGACAGCCCUUGGGCUGUAUCGCCAUUAAGAAGCUCGACGAGAACCGUGCCGAACUCGGGUUAUUCGCGGUUGUGAUCGAGCAGCGCGGUAGCGGAAUCGGGAGGGAUCUGAUGGAUUGGGCGGAACGGUGGUGUCUCGAAAACCUUGGCGGCCCGGGGGUUGCUAUCGCGCAGCUCGAUCUACUUGUCCCAACGCACUUCACGCACCCGUUUAAGGUGCGUCUGGACUUGUGGUACACGAAGCGAGGUUACCGGAUCACGGGGAGUCGCGAUUUUGCCCUUGAUUAUCCUAGCCUUGCGCCUCAACUCGUGGGGCCGACUGAGUACCGCGUUUACGAGAAGACACUGGCUUAGGUAGAGAAGAGAUGGCGUCUUUGCUGUUACUAGAAUUAUUAAAAAGCGAGCGAGUUCGACGUGUUACCAAUGCUAGGGCUCUAGAUACUAGUUAGAGGGUGAGGGGAAAGAGGCCAUUGAAGGAAUCAAGUCCUCAAAUAAGUGCUUACCAGAUACGCCAGAGCUAUAUCAAUGUGAUCAAUGAUAAACACCUCCAUG